AUGUCCCCUCUGAUUGUGUCUUCUUCGGACGAGGACCCGGAGUUGCCGCUGAAGGACCUCCGGUUCGGCCCACUGACUCGUGGAUCGCCACGUUCAGUUGAAGAUCUCAACUACCGAGCGAGUCACCUCAUUCAGACCGUCAUUCUCCGUAUGGCCGAUAGGAACGUGAGCGAGGCUGUCGAUACUGUGAGAAGGGCUGUGUUUUCUGUCGACGCUUCAAUCGAGCAAGGACCCCGAAACACAGGCUUCCUUGUGACUUGCCAGUUUGACCAGGUCUGUGGUAUUUAUUUGUCGAACUCCAACCUCAGACAUUUGCUUGGCGCUGCCCCUGCCCGAAAUCCCCAGCCUGAGCCUGUCCACGCCCCGCUCAGUGCCCACGAGGACUGCCGUGAAUGUUGGGAUAAGGACAUAGAUAUUCGUCGUUACCGCUCUUUUGUACAAGAAAAGUACCCAGCCUGUUGCGGAGGAUAUCUCGACUGUUUUUGUUGUUGA